AUGGCCCCAAAAGUCCAACAAACUAAAGCAGCUAAAGCUGCCGCCGCUUUAGCCGGUGGUAAAAAAGGUAAAAAGAAGUGGAGUAAAGGUAAAGUUAAGGACAAGGCUCAACACAUUGUCAUCUUAGAUCAAGAAAAAUAUGAUAAAAUUAUGAAAGAUGUCCCAACCUACAAAUACGUUUCCGUUUCCGUCUUAGUUGAUAGAUUGAAGAUUGGAGGUUCCGUUGCUAGAGUUGCUUUAAGACAAUUAGAAAGAGAAGGUAUCAUCACUCCAGUUUCAAAACACUCUAAACAAGCUAUUUAUACUAGAGCUGCUUAA